AUGACCUCGACUCAAAUGGCUAUGGAUACGCCUCGGCCGGCCUCCAUUACUGCACCCUUGGACGCCAAGACACGAACGGCAGCAAUGGAGUCUAUCGAGGACAUCUUGUAUGGAUCGGUCGCCGGCAUAGUUGGCAAAUAUAUCGAGUACCCCUUCGAUACGGUCAAAGUCCGGCUCCAGUCACAGCCGGACCACCUUCCUCUACGCUACAAAGGGCCUCUGGACUGCUUCCGCCAGUCCAUCAAGGCAGAUGGCCUCCUCGGCCUGUACCGCGGCAUCAGCGCGCCGCUUGUGGGUGCAGCGGCGGAGAACAGCAGCCUGUUCUUCUUCGAGCGAAUAGGGCGGGAGACUUUAUACAAGACCGGGUUCUGCCCCCGUGAUGCGCCGAUGCCCCUCCCGGCGCUGUUUUUGACUGGAGCCUUUUCUGGCAUCUUCACAUCCUUCGUCCUCACGCCCAUCGAGCUCGUCAAGUGCAAGAUCCAGGUGCCGGAGCACGAGGCCGGGGCGCCCAAGAGGGCGCCGCUGAAGCCCCUGAACGUCAUUAGGGAAGUCUUCCGAAACGACGGAUUCCUCGGGUUCUGGCACGGCCAGAUGGGGACGCUGAUCCGGGAGGCGGGAGGGUGCGCGGCGUGGUUCGGCUCCAAGGAGACCACCUCCAAAUUCUUUAUGCACCAGAACCUGAAGAAGGCCAAGUCGCAGGCGCAAAGGGACGAGAUGCUGGCCAACCCGCUGCCGCUGUGGCAGCAGGCCCUGGCGGGCGCUUCCGCGGGCGUGGCCUACAACUUCCUCUUCUUCCCCGCGGACACGAUCAAGUCGCGCAUGCAGACGAGCCCCAGCGGCGGGUCGACCAUCAGGAGGUCGUUCUGGGGGGAGGCGGUAGCCCUGUGGCAGCAGGCCGGGCUGAGGGGCUGUUACAGAGGGUGCGGCAUCACAUGCUUGAGGUCAGCACCGAGCUCGGCGUUCAUUUUCAUGGUGUUUGAUGGGUUGAAGAAGUACGUGCCGCUUUCAUGA